AUGCUGGAAAACUAUACUCCUAGGCUGAAGUAUGACAAGGUGAUUGGGGAGUUGCCUAUAGUGGGUUGGGUGAAGGUAAAUACUGAUGGUGCCUCGAGGGGGAAUCCAGGGAGGAGCUCAAUUGGUUUGUGUAUAAGAAAUAAUGAUAGAGAUUUAGUAUAUGCUCUUGGAAGGGAGAUCAAUGCUACAACAAAUACAGAAGCUGAAACAGUUGCAAUUCUGGAGGCUUUAAGGAUUUGUAGUGCUCACAAUUACAUGCAAGUAUGGCUUCAAACAGACUCUUUGCUCUUGAAGAAUAUAGUUGAAGGAUUGUGGAAGCCUCCUUGGUGUAUUGUGGAACAAGUGGAGGAGAUUUGGCAGCUCUUGGGCAGGGAUAAUUUUAAAGUCUCACAUAUUUUCAGGGAAGGGAAUAAACUGGCGGAUCAUCUUGCAAACUAUGCUUUGGAUGUAUGA